CUGUCAUUGGCCCAUAGCCAUUGCCAAUUCCUUCUCUUUUCCUUAUAUAUCAUUCUUCUCUUCCCCUGUUUUUCUAAAACUGAAAUUUCAGUAUUCUCUCUUCUUCUUUUUUUCUCUUUAAAACAAAACAUCAAACAGUUGGUGUGCAUAAAUGGAGAUAGAGGUGAUGAUGCCAUCUCCGGCGCCGGUGGAUUUCAACGUCGAUAGUGGUUGUACUACUCCUUACAUGAGUGCUCCGUCAAGUCCUCCACGUGCUGCCACGUUGUUUUACAGUGCACCAGCUAGUCCUACUCGGAUUUCCCCUCUUUACGAUGAAUUCAAUUGGGAAGAAAUCCCAAAAGAGAAAGAUAACCCAGAUGAAGAUGAUGAAGAUUUUGCUUUUGAUUUCAGUGGGCAAUUGGAAAGGAUUUCUUUAUCUGCAGCUGAUGAGCUCUUUGAUUGCGGAAAGAUCAAACCUUUGAAACCACCCCCACGGUUUCAGUAUGAAGGAAAACACAUCGAUUCUCCAAAAUCACCGAAGAAAUUGUUCAAGGAAACAUUUUCCCCUCGACACAAGAAGAAGGAUUUUGACCCAUUUGUUGCAGCUUUUCAAAAACAGAGUCGAACAGAGGACCCACAAAAGAUUUCAAAAAUGGGAAGAAAUCAGAAUCUGGACAAGAGCAAAGAAUUGAGAGUUUCCGACUUAUUAUUUGAUCACGAAAGCAGUCAAGACAACACGAAAAAAUCCGCCUCUGUUUCGUCAUCUUCUUCUUCCUCUUCCUCCUCUUCGUCUUCUUCAGUUUCUUCUAUGAUCUCACUCUGGUCCAAAAAAUGGAAAAUCAAAGACUUGUUGCUAUUCAGAAGUUCUUCAGAAGGUCGACCAAGUAGUACAGAACAAUUAAACAAAUAUGAAUUGUUGAAGAAAACCCAUGAAGAAGAUGUUAAAAAUUCGAGCUUUAGAUCAACAGGAAGUGUGAGAUCAAGAAAAAAAGGACCCGUUUCUGCCCAUGAAUUGCAUUACACAAUGAACAGAGCAAUAUCAGAAGAGAUGAAGAAGAAAACAUUUUUACCAUACAAACAGGGCUUAUUGGGUUGCUUAGGCUUCAAUGCAGCGCUGCAGGAUUCUGUUUCUAAAAGUGUCGCUAAUUCUAUGUCUAUGACUCGUCGUUAAUACUUCACAUUCUGUAAUUUUUUCCCCUUAAUUUUGUUACUCAUUUGAUCAUUUUCCUCUUGGAAAAUUAAUUUGUUACAUAUAUAUUUCUCUCUGGAAAAAUAUUUUUAAAAUACAAAACA